UUACGAUUAAUUAGGGAGGGUCUGGUCGGUCGGCCUCUCAGCCUCUCAGGGUCUCUGAAACGAUGGAUCCGCCCGUUUGUGGCGUGCGGCACGCCGUGGCUGGUGCCUUCGCCGCUUGCAGCUCUCCUCUCGAGACACAUUCCUCACUCCUCUCCCCGUCGAUUGCUUCCAGAACCUCCCCGGUCUCGCUCCCUCCAGCCUCCCUUCCCAAUCUCCCUCCAACCGCCGCUCCGGGCAGGCAGGUUACGCCCCGAAAAUGAAGCACAUCCGCAGCCUCUGCCCGCCCACGCGGGCCCUCCGUCCACUCCUCAUUCCCCAACCCACGGUCCGACCUCAAUGCGGUCGACUGGGCCUGGGACUCCAGAACAGAAUCAAUGACACUCCCGUUCGCCACUACAGCCCGACCGCUCAACUACACAAGAUAUAUUCCAAACCAACCAACGUACCUCCCCCACCAGCCCAAGAACGAGACGAGGCCAUCCAGGCCCGUGUCGUUCAGAUUGUCAACGAGAACAACGGCUUGGAUGAACCGAUACGACUCCGCGAUGCCCUGAAAAUGAUCGAUCGCUCGAAGCUAUGCCUGGUGCAGGUGGCGGCGGGCGCGGAGGGAAUUCCGGUCUGCAAGGUCAUGAACAAAUACGAAUUGACGAAACAGCUACGCGAUAAAGCCAAGGCCCCCAAGGACAUCCUCAAGCAGAUCGAGCUGAAUUGGGCCAUCGACUCGCACGACCUCUCCCAUCGGCUGAAGCAGUUCGGGAACUUCCUCAGCAAGGGCCGCAAGGUGGAGCUCGUCCUGACGCGGAAGAAGGGCAAGCGCCCGCCGACGGUGGAAGAGGUGAAGAACGUGAUGGACCAGGUGAUGACGGCUACGAAGGAGGCCAAUGCUAUGCCGGUCAAGCCUAUGGAAGGGAUGCCGGGCAAGCAUGUGGUGCUGGUAGUGCAGAAAAAGGACCUGUGACGGGGGAGGGGGCGUGUGUAUGAUAUCCAAUGUGUAUACUGCUAGGGUGGAAUGCGGUGCCAUGUAUAUAGUCUAUUCUAGGGAAUGAAAAGUGGAAUGAAC